CGCCUUGCUGAAGCACGAAAAUCAUCGGUGAUAGCAUUUGGUGGUUCGUAUGGUGGAAUGCUUGCUGCCUGGAUUCGUAUCAAAUAUCCGCACAUUGUGGAUGGGUAAUUUUUGGUUUUUGACUUAA